CUGACUUGCAGGAAUAAAGUCCCCAAACUGGUGCUUAGUGUUGAUACGCUUUUGACAAUUUGGACUCCUUUGAGAUGAUGUGUGAGAGCGUGUGAGACGCGUCCGUUUGUGUGUGUUAUGGUUCCAGCAUGAGUCUGAAGAACAGGAAGUUCUCACUAGACAGCUCCGUCUGUCAGGAUGCAGCGGGUCGCCUCAGCGGCCGCAGAGGCUCCAACCAGAAGCUCCUCAAGAAGUACACAACAAGUCUAGAGGAAAGUGAGCUGGAUACCCAGGAACUCAAUGAAACCUUCAACGACAACGUAACCGUCAGGGAGAAGACGUCGCUGGAGGAAUACGUUGACCGGCGGGAUGGCCUUGUCAGCCACCAUACUUUCCACAAACACAAUAAACACUUCCACAAACUAUUUCAUGAAAUACCUGAAGGAGAGAACCUGACACAUUCCUUCAUUUGCGCACUGCAGAAGGAAGUUCUUUACCAUGGAAAACUCUUUAUUUCAGAAUAUCAUGUGUGUUUCUACUCGUCCGUGCUGCUCAAAGAGACCAAGUUGCUGAUCCCAAUAUCCACCAUCCAGGAGGUGAAGAAACACGGUUCAGCUUUGUCCAUGCUGUCGAUACAAACUGCCGAGGAUGAGAAGUACUUCUUAUUUUCUUUGAAGAACCGAGAGAUGUGCUACAAUCUCCUCCAGCACAUCUGCUCACACGUGCAGGGAGGGAGUACCAAAAGCAGCCCUCGCAGCUCCUCUGCAGAGAAUGAAGCCAAUUGCGUAACGCCCGAAGCAAAUGUGUCCAGUCGUUCCAGCUUUGACGAUACCGUCAAUUAUGGAAUGGAAGGAAAGAACGGCAAUUUUCUGGAAGACAACAACCCUCAUUUGCCCAGUAAAGCAGGCACCCCACAAGGCGCAUCCCCCACAGACGAGGUGGACCAAGCAUCGUCGCUGCUUUGGAGGAUGAUGGAGGACGUCACGCGGUUUUUCUUCCUCAGGCAAAGAGGGAAUUUCACCGGAGUCUUCUACAUCUAUUUGAUGUUGUUGGUGCUCCUGCUGGUGGUGUCGGGCUACAUCGGGCUCAGGAUGCUGGCGCUGCAGGAGCAGCUCAACUCUUUGACUGAGUUGUCCUUGCAGUACAGAGACCAUCAAGAAACAUAGCCAAGGGCAACAAAUAAUACCAAUUUUCCAACGAUUCAUUGUUUAAUUAAUACGGAAUUGUUUGCCUUUAAUGAGACUUUAUACACCCAGCCCAUGCUUUCUUUACCCAAAGAGUAAACAGUCCCCCCCAAAAAAUCUGUGUAUUUAUGUUGUCAAAUAAUGUAAACGUCAUGUAAGACCUUGGUUUAAAAAUGGGUAUCUAAAUUUUGCGCCUAGACUGGAACUCGCCGCUAGAUGGUAGUGUUUCCAUCUAAACAACAGCAAAAGCAAAGCCAAGGCACUUAGUUGUCCCACAGUUAAAACAGUUCUGCCAUUUUUUUCGUCUGAACUCAAACCUUGUAAAUAAACACUUUGUUACAUU